AUGUCACAAUUACCAGAUUACUUAAAAAAGUAUUUAUCAAAUAGUAAUGACAAUAAUGAUGAUAAAAGUAAAGAUACAAAGAAGAAAAAGAAGUCUAAAUCAACUUCAACUUCAACUACAAGUAGAUCAGUUAUUAAAGAUGUAGAUGAUUCUGAAUCUAUAUCAAUUGGUGUUGAUAAUAGUAAAUCAAAACAAAGAAUAUUUGAUGAAUAUAAACCAGUUAUAGUCAAUCAAGAUGAGUUCGAUGAUGAAGUAAUAGAAAAUGCUAAGGAUUAUGAAAAAGGUACUUGGACAACCGUUGAUAGUAGCACAUCAAGAUUGGUAGACAACGAUCUGACGCCACCUAGAAAUAGAAAGAGAGACGACGAUUUAACACCACCUAGAAAUAGAGGUAGAGAUAUAUCACCACCUAGAAACAGAGUUAGCGAUAGAGAUAUAUCGCCACCGAGAAACAUAGGAAGAGAUAGAGAUAUAUCACCACCCAGAAGCAGAGUUAGCGAUAGAGAUAUAUCACCACCAAGAAACAGAGGAAGAGAUAGAGCUGAAGAUUUAGAGUUGCCAAGAAAGAGAAAUAGAGAUGACGAUUUGACUCCACCCAGAGCUAGAAAGAGAGACGACGAUUUGACACCACCUAGAAAUAGAAGUAGAGAUCAAGAUGAAGACCUAGAGUUGCCUAGGAAACGAAAUAGAGAUAACGACGAUUUGACACCACCAAGAAAUAGAAGUAGAGAUCAAGAUCAAGACCUAGAUUUACCAAGAAAAAGAAACAGUGAGGAUAUGACUCCGCCUAGAAAGAGAGGAGAUUCAACACCACCUAGGCACAGAGACGAAGAUGGCGAUAUGACACCACCUAGAAACAGAGAUAGAGAUAUAUCACCGAGAAAUAGAGAUAGAAAAGAAACAGCGACAACAAGCGAUUUACCAGCAAAUGUAAAAUUGAAAAUGUCAUAUGGUGCAGAAGCUGGAUUACACUCUGGCGAGAGUAUACGUGAACAGAUUCAAAAGAAACUACACGAACAAAAAGAGAUGUUUAGAGUUGCAGAUCAAACUUUGCUGGGCAAGAAUGCACAGACUGUAUAUAGAGAUUCAAGAGGAAAACGAUUGAACACCGACGAUAUCAAUAGAGAGAAAGAAGAGAAAGCAAAAGCCGAGGAGGAAGAGAGAAGACAAGAUGUCUUGGUAAAGACAAGUAAGAUGCAGAGACAGCAGAAAGAAGAACAACUGCGACGUUUGGAAGAAGAGAAGAAUCGUCCUUUUUCAAGGUAUGCCGAUGACGAGAACAUCAAUCAAUCGAUGAAGGAUAAAGAUAUAUGGGGUGAUCCUAUGGCUAAUCAAUCUUCCAAGAGUCGAAGCAUCAAGAAGAGUAAGAAAAACAAAAAAGAAGCAGCAGAAAAACCAAAGUAUAGCGGUCCUGCAGCACCACCCAAUCGAUACGGUAUCAAGCCUGGUCAUAGAUGGGAUGGAGUGGACAGAGGCAAUGGUUUUGAAAAGGAAUACUUUAGAGCACAAGCUCGUUCAAGUGCUGCCAAAGAUGAAGCAUAUCUAUGGAGUGUUGAAGAUAUGUAA